CUGUUCAGUGUGCGUGAGUACACCCCCGUGGACAACAUAGAUUCGUGUGCGCGUACACAUUACGUGUUUGGUGAGCGCGCGAGUCGUGCGGUAUAUACCUGCCUGCCUGCCUACGCACCUACCUAAUACCCAUUAUUAUUACCGUUUACCCGUUCACGAGACCGCCGACCGUAUAAGCACGCCCGUCGUUAUACCUCCGCGCGACCGACCGUGCCGGCAUGACGAACUACGUCGCAGUGACCACUACCGCGGUCGUCGUCGUCUGCCGCGGAUGAACGCCACCGGAUGCCUGACGGCCCUGGGCGACGGCGGCGAGGCGUUCGUCGUGAUCUCGUCCGACGGCGACGAAGACGACGAAGACUACGGCCGCGGUGGUCGCCGGGGACGGCAUCGCGGCCGCCGGCACCCGGACCCGCGGAGCACGUCCCCGCGGUGCCCGACCGGCAGACCGCCGACGCCGCCGCCGCACGGUCUAUCGAUGGCCACCGCCGAAGCGUACAAGUCGAGGCCGCGCCGCAAAGACCGCGGCGCGUUCGUCGUGCUGCCCGAACCGCCCGUCAUGGCGUCGUCCGCCGCUGCGGCUGCGGACGUCUGCAGCGGCCGCGUCAGCCCGUUCCGCGGCUACGGUUUCAAAACGCCCGAAAACGGACGGUCGCGCGCGUCCAGCCCGUCGUCCUCGUCGUCCAGACCGCUGAGGCGACAGUCGUCCGAACCUCGGAUCGCGCGGGCCGACGGCCGUCGACCGCCCGCCGCCACCGCCACGACUGCGGGCGGCAAACAGCUGUCGGCGUCCACCAAGGACCUGUCGGCGGCCGGCAAACGGACGUCCGGCACGUCCGGCAGACAACCGACGGGCGGUGGUGCCGCGGGUGGCCGGAAGACGCCGGCUGCGGCGGCGGGUAAGCCGCCGACCGUUCCUGCAAACACGGCGGCGGCCGUCAAAUCGUCGCCGCGUAAAAAGUUGCCGCCGACGCCGCGCAAACUCGCGGCUGCGGUGCCGCCAAAAUCUCCGCUGCCGACCAGGUCGCCUAAAACGCCUAGACGGGCGCAGCCGGUGGCCAACGCCGUGGCCGGAAACAGACCGACCGUUAGCCGUCCGCCGGCCAAGUUGUCGCCGCGUUUACCCAAGAAACAGUCGACGGCUACAGCGGCGGCGACGGCGGCGGCUGCGUCCGCGAAAACCGAAGCUCCGCCGAAAGACGUCGCUCGCCAGCCGUCCGACAACGGCUCAGUAAAGACGGUCGGGGCGGCUACCGUCGCGGCGACGACCACUGCCGCGGCGACGACGUCGUCGUCAGCCACAGCGUUCGAUUCUUCGCCGUCGACCACCACCGCGACGCCGAUGACGUUGACCGCGUCCACCGCCGCCGCCACCGCGACGACCUGCACGGUACCGUCCGCGGUCAACCCGGUCACGGCGUCCACCUCGGCCACGGCCAUAGCGACCACGCACGCGGCCAACGCCGUCGCUUCGGCCGUGGUGGAAGGCGGGCCGAUCGUCACGGCCGUGCCCCCGCCCGCGGCCAUCGCCGCGAACACGCUGGCCACUCUGUCCGUCAUAGACCCGACGGCCACGACCUUGAAACCGCCUCAGAGCGCUAUGCGAACUCGCGAUCCGCCGGCCGCCGUCGGUCCGUCGCAGAAGCCAGCCGCCACCGUCGUCGUGGUGGACAGAGAUCCGCCGACGGAAGCUGCGACCACGCGUCAGUCGGUUGCCGUCACGAUGACCACUACGCCUCCGCUGUCGUUCGAGUUACAAGAGAUCGUCGUGCAACCGGAAAUCGAAAACCAGAGCGGACGGACAGCCGUCCGGUUGUCGGUGGACGCUGACCGGAACAAGACUUCGUCCACGGCCAGUAGCAGCAACGGCCAUAAGACUGUCGCAUGGGCGAGGCCAUCGGAAAAAAUCAUCGUGCCGGCGGAAGUCCCGCGAUCGGCCGAAUCGACGGUCACCAAAGAUCCGGCCUACAAAAGGUAUGCUCGGAAGCUAUGCGGCGGCGGCGGCGGUGGUGGUGGUAGCGGAAGCGGCGGCGGUGGUGGCCGAAGUGGACGUCGACCGACCGUCGCUCACGUAUCUCCGCCCGCCACCUCCGCCGCCACCGGUGGCCGCGCGUCAAAGUGCUGGGCGGCCGUAUGGAAACGGCGGCCGCGGCCAUGCGGCCGAUGUUGUGACGGAAAACGGUCGGCCGCCGUGACGGCGGCCUCUUCCGCCGCAGAGGUCGCGACCGGUGGCCGACGACGUCCGAAGUGGUGGCGGCGGUGCAGCGACAAGUUGUGCUGUUGCGGCGGCAAGCGGCGGACCGCGGCCAACAAGAAGAAACUCGCGGCGGCGAUGUCGUCGUCCGACCACUCGGUCGGCGCGCUCGGCAUCGCUCCGCCGACCGUAACGGCCGCCGACACGUUUUGCGGCAAGUUGAAGAGGCGGUGGCGUCGCUGCUGCUGCUGCUGCUGCGGCUGGUGCGCCGUGCCCAAGUUCGUCAAGCGGAUCUGCUGCUGUUGCCGCAGUAAGUCGACGGCCCCGAAGAAGAAAUCGGCCGACUCGCAGCAGCGGUCCUCCCCGUUCAAAUGUACCGGAUGCUGCACGAAUAUACCUAAAUUGGAUGCAGUUUUCGUCGAUCAUUCGUCCGUCAUGAAAGGUGCUAUACCAGUAUUACCAGUAACACUGGCAUGGUUGUGUUUAGUGUUCAACGUGAUUAUUCCGGGAGCAGGCACAUUCUCCAGUGGUAUGCUAUGCCUGUGCGUCGGCAAGCCAAGAUUCACGGUCAACGAUACCUUCCAGUCUAGGGUAGGCGCAUUCUGUGUGAACUUCGUCGUGGCCGCUGCUCAGCUGUUCACGGUGCUUUUCUGUUUAGUCGGCUGGGGAUGGAGCAUAUGGUGGGGUGUGAUAAUGCUCAAGAUGGCCAAGAAAUAUCAGAAAGUCAAAAUAAUCGAUCAACCCGUCGAAGCGCCCGUUGCCGUCGACCACAACCACCAGAUCUGAUACGGACGUUUUAUUGUUGGAUCUUAUAGCAUAAUUUAUUAUCAUAUUAAACGAAAUUUUUUAUUUCAAUACAUAACGAUUAUAUAGGAUUAUGAUAUUGUAUAUAUUGUAAUGAA